GCCGCCGCCGCCUCCGCCGCCGCCUCCGUCUCCGCCGCCGCCGCCAUGGGAGUGCAGGUGGAGACCAUCUCACCCGGAGACGGGCGCACCUUCCCGAAGCGCGGCCAGACUUGCGUGGUGCACUACACGGGGAUGCUUGAAGAUGGAAAGAAAUUUGAUUCCUCCCGGGACAGAAACAAGCCCUUUAAGUUUAUGCUAGGCAAGCAGGAGGUGAUCCGAGGCUGGGAAGAAGGGGUUGCCCAGAUGAGUGUGGGUCAGAGAGCCAAACUGACCAUCUCCCCAGACUACGCCUACGGUGCUACUGGGCACCCAGGCAUCAUCCCGCCAAAUGCCACUCUCGUCUUUGACGUGGAGCUUCUGAAACUGGAAUGACAGGAGUGACCUCCUUCAUGAGCUCCCCAUUCUUGGAUGUGCCGCGGAGGGAUGUGGCGCCCUCAGACGUGCAUAUGCGAACCCGGACGGAGCUUUUCCUGAUGUUCCACUACACUCUUUGUCUAAACAUCGACCCCGACUGAAUGUGUUCUGUCACCUGGCUUUGCUCUUUCCCUUUUUCCUCGUAUGUGUGUUGACCUAAACUAUAUGCCAUAAACCUCAAGUUACUCAUUUUAUUUUGUUUUGUUUUGGGGUGAAGGUUCAGUUUCAAUCUUUUGGAUCUAGGUUUCCACUUAAGUAUUAGUCAAGUAUUAACAGCACAAGUAAUGGGUUAACUUUAGAAUAGGAAUUGGUGUCGGGGUGGGGGGGAAUGCAAGAAUCUUUAUUUUAUUUUAUUUUUUUUUGGAUGAAAUUGUUAUCUAUUAUAUAUUAAACAUUCUUGCUGCUGCGCUGCAAAGCCAUAGCAGAUUUGAGGCGCUGUCGAGGGCCGAAUUACUCUCCCAGUUGAGAGAUGUCCUUGGGUUGUAUUAAAAGCCCAACCUAAAACUGAAGUGGUGGCGGGGGGGAGAGCUUUUGCCUCCACUGCCCCGCCCCAGCCUCCCCUUAAACCUUCUGCCUUUUGAAAGCAAAUCGUUCUCACUGCGAUGUUGGACACUACAGGUAUCUGUCCCCAGGCCAGCAGGGACCUCUGAAGCCUUCUUCGUGGCCUGGCUUUUAUUUUAUUAUUUUUUUCUCUCCCCAUCCUGUGGUUUUUCUAAUGGAUAUUCAGGACUUUUGUAAUCUCAUAGCUGUCCAAGCUCCACUUCCCAAAUUUUAAGAACUUUAAUCGAAAGUUUAAAUUGAAGGUGCUGUUUGUAGACACUUAACACCCGAUGAAAGCCCAGCCAUCAUGACAAACCCUUGAGUGUUGUCUUGAGAAAAUGAUGCUGGUCAUCACAGCUUCAGCAUCUUCUGGUUUUUGAUGUUCGGCUCCCCCUGCUGAUAAUCAGAGUUUCCUGGCUUCUCCUCCUCCCCCUCUCACCCCUUUGCUGUCCUGUGUAGUGAUUUGGUGAGAGAAAUUAUUGCUGCCUACCCCCCUUCCCCCACCUCCCCACACUACGUAUGAGUUUCAAGUUUUAUUAUUGCAAUAAAAGUGCUUUAUGCUGGCUUUUCUCA